CGAAUUUACAAUACCCCGAGGACUUUAUUUUUAUUUUCCCAUCUUCUAGCUGCUGCUGUGUGCUGAGUGCUGACCCGCCUGAAAUAGAUCGUUACUUUCAUCUUCAAGACUAAUCUGCUCAAGCUGACGCAUCUCCACCUGCAAACAACGACAAUGCCUUUGAAGAGAUUAAUAGAGGUCGACCCACCAAGCCCACUAAGAUAUCUGAUCGGAGUGGCAAUCAUGAUGAUCGGAGUUGUAUUGCCCGUCGGCUACAUGAUGUUCCGCAACAAGCGCGUUCCCUCUUCUUCCUCUUAUUCUAAGCAGACGUAGGAAUAAGGUUUUGAUAUAGAGGCAUUUUUGAUUGAGGAGGAAAUUAGGAUUCUUGAUCUGCGCUGAGUUUUGGUGAAAUUAAGAAGGGGAAGAACAAGGGACGGAAGCAAGAUUACAAGGACUAACAGACCCACCUGUGCUUGUAAAUGUAAUCAAGUUUGAAUUUUGGAUAUCAGCUUACUUUUUGUACCAUUUGGAUUGGCAUCUCAGUAAUGCAAUUCUUGGUUUAUCUUUAUUUCUUUUCUCCUGGAAGCAUUAUGGUUUCCCUUUAGUCUUGCGGGUCGUGUGAUCCUUUACUGGUACUACACAUUAUUACCUGAAUUCAUGAUUUCUUGUAGUUUUGUUAAGGUAUUCUUUAUUGUUUAUGAUUCUUUAUGGCCUCAAACAUUGAGGUUCUUA